AUGUCCAAUAACAACACCCCGAGUGCUCAAGGAUCGCAACACACCCACUACGACGUACUUCAGCUCCCCCGACACGGAGACGGACAACGGUUGUCGAAAGAUGAGGUCAAAGCCGCAUAUCGCCGUGCAUUGCUCCUCCACCAUCCCGACAAGGUCCAAAGCGGUGCGUUGAAGCACUCUACUGGACCUACCACAUCUCUGUACUCGGUCGACGAGAUUGUUGUUGCCUAUGAAGUCCUCGCCGAUCCUGAAAAGCGUCAUGCAUACGAUCGAGCGCUCGACCAGAAUGACAGAUCUGGGCUGAAAGGAGCCGAUGGGGGUAAAGGCACACAUAUCGGAGUCGAGCUAUACGACUUGGAAGAUCUGGUAUAUGAUGAAGUUCGGAAUAUCUGGUCCAAAAGCUGCCGUUGUGGUGACGAGCAGGGAUACACUUUGACAGAGACGGACCUGGAGAGGGAGAGUCAGCAUGGAGAAAUCUAUGUUGGCUGUCGAGGCUGUAGUCUGUUUAUCAAAGUCUUGUUUGGACUGGUUGAAACGUGA